GUUCGAAAAACAACACGAGAAUUAAUCAGCGCUCUGCCUUCAGAAUGUCGUGGCGGAAAAAGAACAGUUGUCUGUUUCUAUGAGAACUGUUUGACUAAUUACCACGCCACCUAUUACUCGGCCACUAAAUGCGCCUUGGAUGUUUUUGCCUGAAGUCACGAAAAUUUGCAUUUGCUCGUAAAUUCGACGAUUUGUAUGUUGCUAUUACCGGUAGCUUUUUAUCCGCUUUAGCUUAAAUGAAACGGGAUGCAGCUGUAUAAAUAGGGCUAAAGUUUUAUUAGCUUUCAUUGGAGAUCGUAUCGUUAUUCGUAUAUAGCAUUUGCUUGUGGAUCUUAAACAUCUUUAAUAGUUGGACCUCCAACUGUAUUGUUGACACGAAAUUGUCCAAGAGCGAGUGAGUGAUUUCGCAAAGCAGUUGUGGUCAAAUGGCUUCUGCCGAUUGUUGCUGUGCUAUGUGGCAGACCCCAAUUCAGGGCGCGUUGAGACCGGCUAUGUGGGUUCCUGGAAUUAGGAAUCUACAUAGCAGAAACGAAACUUGGGUCAUACCAGAAGCAACUCCUGAGGUGUGUUUGGAGCAUGUCAUAUCAGCUGUAGCAAUACUUAGCGAAAAGGAAAAAAUGCACAUCAAUAAGGUUCGACCAGGUAGAAAUUUUGUACAAAUUUUUAGCUAUACAGAAUAUGAGUGGCUGGAUAUUGUAGAAAUAGAGUUUCAACCAGGCCAAGAAAGGGGAACGCUUGCAAAGGCAAGGUCAUUUUCUACUGGUCUUCUUCCUCUUAUGAUUCCAUUUGCCUUUCUUCUGAACAUGAUAUUUUUCUUUGCUCCUUUCUACGACAAUAAGUUCAACAAAAUGAGGCUGGAGAGAAUUCGACAACACAUGAAGCUCCACAUUGAAUUGGCAAAGGAUGAACCUUAAAGUUAUAUAAUUAUUACCAUUUACAUUUUAGGAUUUAAAUUUCUUGCUUUGAUGUCAAUUAGUCAUUGUCAAAAUGAUGUCGAGAUCUGGUAAGAGUCAUUUACUCCUGGGUUAGCUACUAUUUUUAACUUUUACCAUAUAGCUAAUAAGUUAAAAAAAAAAAAACCCUGAAGGUCUCAAAUUAUGUUGAGCUCAGAUCAGGUUGUCGUCACCAAAAUAUAAUUAAGCUUUAUAAAACUUAACAUUUUAUUGAGCAAUGAUAAUAUGGCAAGCAUCCAAGCUGUGAUCUAUUAAAACGAAUAUAUGGGGAGGCUCUGUCAAAGACUUGUAACAUUUUCAAGCUGGAGGUAUAUAAAUUAAAAAGGUAGAGAUUUCAUGAGUUGUAGAAUGGGAUAGGGUAGAAAAUAGUUUGUUUUCUGAGGAAAUGUUAGCAGUGAUGUCACACCAAUGAUCUUUUUUUGUACCUGUUUUGAAUGUAGUAUACCAAACAUGACAGACCGUAUUUGACAACAUUCCCAAACACCAAGAAGGGAGUUGGAAAUACGAUGCAGAGCAGACUAUCUUUGACAAACUUCAAGGUCUUUGGAAAUGUGGUCAACUCACAGUCUUGAGUGUUUGAUAUAUCUUCUCAAUCGAA